AUGAACGAUGACGAAGCCCUUUCAGGCUCUUUCUUUGAGCCGGUGGUGUUUCAGGCACAUUCUGAUAUACCCGAUACUCCGAUUGUCGGGGAAAGCCUCUCUUUCAUGACGGAUUCGUUGGACAUGAACCUGAAUAUCGGCGGUAACCCGUGGGAUCCUCCUUCGGCAUCGGGCGUCGAUGUCGCAAACAUUUUGUCUGAUGUUUCCCUGCCCGAAAUAUACACGACGGCCUUUACUUUAGCUUCGCCAGUUGUAGGAAGGGUUUCUAUUUCCGCUUUAAAUAAAAUUUUAAGCGUCAGCGGACUUCCUCACGCGACGAUAGAAAAAAUUUUAAAUUUGGCUGCACCAGCCAGCAGUAAUAGCACUCGUGUUAACCGAGGGGAAUUUAAUGUCGCACUUGCGUUGAGUAUCAACUUUAACCGAAGUUUGAGCUUUUCUACGAUUUCGCACCCACCACCCAUCACCGCUCUGCAGGCUGACGAUCCGUGGGCCGCACCUUCGGCAAAUGGUGAGUAUACAAAUUCCGCAUUCACGGAAGGUCCAGUACCCGGAUUUCCACCCUCAACCGGAAUCGUUGCGCCACCUAUUACCAGCGGUGCCCUACCUCGUGAAGAUGAAUUCCAGUGGUUCCUAGACACGGAUGUAAUUACGGUAAAGUUUGCACCCGAAAGAGAAGGAUUCCUUUUCAAACACGUGAAUUACAUUGUAGAAUCUCAGGAUGACGAACUGGUAGAGAUAUUUCUCAAAGAGUCAACGGAGAUAGCGGUUUGGCGUAAAAACAACACGCCCGAUUUGGAAGAGGAAUACCUGAAGAAACAAAUUACCCCAGAAAUGGAGCAGCGUAUACCAGCUAACCUGGAUGAAAGGUUAGAAAAGGUCAUAAAAAAGUUGGAUGACGGUAUCGACCAUUAUCGAAAUAUGUGCAAUUUGAUGGAGCGCAUCGCUCGUCGUCAAGAAGGAAUGGCAACUGAUUAUAUGAGAUACAGCCUGGCGAUGAAUUCAAUGAUCGAGAAAGAAAAAGGUUGUUAUGUUGCCGAUUGUUAUAACUGCAAUCAGGUGAUUAACGGCCUAGAGCAGGUAUCAAGUCACUUUCAAAAGACGAGUUCUAUCCUGGAAGAUAUGCUGACUACACUUGAAACCGUGUUGGAAAACUUGAAACGACAUCGAGAUCUGCUCGUAUCAUUCCGAGAGACAUUCGAGAGAAGGGAUAGAUUGGCUGUGGAUAUGACUGAAAGUCUUAACAGUAGAAUAGCUGCCAAUCAAGCGAAGCUCACACCAUUGACGGGAAAGGAAGGAACGGAUCCGGAAGUGGAAAGACUGAGCACGGCAAUAAAAAAGGUUCAAUCCUCGGUUUCAGAUUUAGAUAGUUAUGAGUUCGGCAAGGUAGAAGCGGUUCUUGACAUAUUGCUUUCUCAGCCAUUGAGUGAGAUAGCCGCGGGGCUUGGGCCGAUAGAACGUGCGAGACUAUAUACGUUAUAUGCAUAUUGUUGCAAUUCCCUUUCCUCCUUGUACUUGGAAGUUAAUGGCGAACCUGAGCCAAAAGAACUCAAUUUUCAGACGGUUCGCAAUCUAGAUCAAACAGAUUACUUGGUGUUGAUGCCGUAUGCAAUGCUUUAA